CGUCCCGACACAAUUCGCUUGUUCCACCGUGAUCCGCUCCUCCGCCCUGAGCUCGCCCCGCCGCCCGCUCGCCCCGCCUCCCUGGCGAAGCAAUCAACCGUCCCCCUCCCUCGAACUCUUGCCGCAGUUCCCCGUCGAUCACGAGCCACCCUCUAGGGUUCCCCCCCAAAAAACGUUUCCUUCCCGCCCUCAAAUUCUACUAGGCUUCCAAAAGCUCAGAUCUUUCUCACGCUAGGGUUUCGAUUCCGUUCGAUUACCCUCGAAUUCCACCUCCAUGGUGCUGAUCUCCGAGAUCACGGAGGAGGCUGCGAAGAAGGAUGGUGAGCCGAAGGAAGGAGAUGGGGAGCUGGAAGAGGAGGAGAAGACCGAGGAGGGGCCUCCAGAAGAAAGAGCGGAAACGGAGGAGAGAGCUCAAGAGCCGGCGGGAAUCGAUGCAGGCGAGUUGGCCGCGCCGCCGGCUGAUCCCAAGGAGGAUGCCCCGCCGCCUGCCGGGAAGAUGCUCUAUAACGAGUACGCCCUCCGGGUGGCCUACAUCAUGCGGAACUACCUCUACAUGCGGCAGGGAGGGGCCACAGCGGCCGCCGCCGGCGGCGGCGGCGGCGGGGCGGCGGGGGAGGAGAGGUGCCGGGCGAUGAUGGAGGUGUUAAGGAAGGAGAGCGGGAGGUGGGCUGUGUCGAGAGUCGUGUUGGAGCACACCCACCCGCUCGAGCCGCCGCCGGACCCCGCCGGAGCGCUCGCCGGCGGCGGGCUGAUGCCGAGGUUGGACAUGGAGUUCGAUUCCAUCUCGGCGGCGAAGGCAUACUAUAGUACUUACGGUGAGAAGAUGGGGUUCAAGGCACAGACGGGCUCCGGGAAGCGGUCCAGGGGUAAUCGGAUUUUGAUCAUGCAGAGGUUCUUAUGCUCGAAGGGGAGUUAUCCUCCUUAUGGAAAUGCUGCCGAUGGUGCUGCGAGGAAGAGAAAGCGUGGUCCUUAUAAGAAGAGAGCCCAAAAAAAUGCAGAAGAAGCUCAGAAAGAUGGUGAAGUGGUAGAGGUAAUCCAGGUUGAGAGCUCGACUGAGAAGGCAGGGGCAGUUGGUGAUGAGCAUGGAGGGGAGGUCCAGAGUGGUCAGCUGAAAAAAGGAGCAGUUUUCGUGGAGAAGGAUAUGACGCCAAAAGAACCAGCAACAGAGAUCAAUUCCAGAAAGGAUUCAGCUGUAGCGGGCAAGGGCCAGGAUGGUGGGAAGGUACCCUUGGUAUCGAAUCCUGCUCAAUCUCGGUUGCUGAGAGAGCUUGGGAUACGAGUGUCACGUUACACCCACGAGGAGAGGAGGGAUAUAAUUCUCAAGUACAUGCAGAAGAGGAGCAAUAGACAAGUUGUGGAUAGAUCCAUUAAGAUUCCUUCCCGGCAAGCUUUGGCAGAAAGAAGGCAGCGAGGUGCUGGAGGGAAAUUUCUUAGUAAAGAAGAGAUGCAGACCUUGAAUAGACAGGAGGAACGGGCAGAAGAAGAACCAGAAUUGCCUGAAGAAGUAGUUGCAAAUGCUGGAGGAGUGCCAAUAGUUGGUAUGGUGUUUGAAAAUGAAGAUAAAGCUUAUGAGUAUUAUGUCAAGUAUGCUGGAAGUGUAGGUUUCAGCGUCCGUAAAGGUUGGUGGGAUAGAUCUGCCAGAAAUUUGACUAGAUCAAGGGUGUAUGUAUGUUCAAGAGAGGGAUUUCGCCCAAAGAAUGAGGCAAAGAGACCUAGACCAGAAACAAGAACUGGUUGCCUUGCACGGAUGGCUAUCAAAAUCACAUUGAGCGGUAAAUAUCGUGUGACUGAAUUUGUGUCUGACCAUAACCAUCAGCUUGCAGCCCCAUUAGAUAUUCAGAUGUUAAAAUCUCAGAAGCUGUUAACAAAGGUUCAACCUAUAGGUUGCCAAAAGGCUAGUCUAAUUCCUGCUGGAUAUAAAAAUUAUGUGCGAGCGAAGCGUGCAAAGGACAUGCAGGUGGGAGAUGCAGGAGCCUUGUUGGAAUACUUACAGAAGAUGAAAGGUGAUAAUCCUUCUUUCUAUUAUGCCAUUCAAGUUGAUGAAUAUGAUCAAAUGACAAAUGUCUUUUGGGCAGAUGCAAAGUCCAUGAUAGAUUAUCAUUAUUUUGGUGAUGUGGUUUGUUUUGACACAAGCUAUAGAGCAAAUGAUUAUGGUAGGCCAUUUGCUCUAUUCAUUGGCAUUAAUCAUCAUAAGCAAACUGUUAUCUUUGGUGCAGCAUUCCUGCAUGAUGAAACUGUGGGAUCUUUUAAAUGGUUGUUUGAGACAUUCAAAACUGCAAUGAGUGGAAAACAACCAAAAACAAUAUUGACCGAUCGAUGUGCAGCUAUAAGCGAUGCAAUAGCUGCUGUGUGUCCAGGUACAAUGCAUCAUUUUUGUGUGUGGCAAAUAUACCAAAAUGCUGUCAAGCACUUGGCCCGUGUAUUUGAAGGUUCUGAAACUUUUGUGCAUGAUUUCAGCCGAUGUAUUUAUGAUUUUGAGGAUGAGGAAGAGUUCCUUGCAGCAUGGAACUCCAUGCUAGAGAAAUACAAUCUCAAAGAUAAUGAAUGGUUGACUAAACUAUAUGAGGAAAGGCAGACAUGGGCUUUGGCAUAUAGCCAGCAUGUAUUCUGCGCAGACAUAAAAAGCACACUACGAGAGGACACUUUAAGUACAGUUCUAAAGGAAUAUUUAUACUCAGAAAAAGAUCUAUCACAAUUCUUUAAACUAUAUGAGAUGUUAGUAGAGGAGCGACGAUAUGCAGAAGUGCAAGCUGAUUAUCAUGCAAAUCAAGGUACUCCUAGAAUACCUCCUUUGAGGUUGUUGUGGCAGGCUGCAAAUGAAUAUACACCUGCAGUGUUUGAAAUGUUCAGAAGGGAGUUUGAAUUGUUCAUGGAUUGCAUGGUUUACAGUUGUGGUGAGGUUGGAACAUUGUCUGAUUAUGAGGCUACUGUCAAGGAUAAAACUAAAGAGCACUUUCUUAGGUUUGACUCAUCAGAUGGUUCUGUCAUAUGUAGCUGCAGAAAGUUCGAGUCUGUUGGGAUUCAGUGUUGUCAUGCACUGAAAGUACUUGAUUUUAAAAAUAUUAAAGAGCUUCCACCACAAUAUAUUUUAAAGAGGUGGAAAAAGGAUGCUAAAGCUGCAAGCAUCAAAGGGAGUCAUGGUUUUAUGCUUGAUGGUGACCCUAGAACAUCUCAACUAAAUCGUUAUAGCUCUCUUUGCCGGAUAUUAUAUAAAAUUGCAGCAAGGGCUGCAGGGAACGAGGACACAUUUACAUUAAUGGUUAACCAAUCAGAUCAGCUUCUUGAACAAGUUGAGCAAAUUUUGCAAGCGAGGCUUCUUGAAAAACCAUCCCUUGAUAAUGCCCCAAGGGUUCAACAUAAUAAUCUUAUUGAGAGUGGAGAUGUCCAUCAUGAUAGAAACAAUGAAACCCAAAAGGUUAGUGGGAGAAAGAGGAAUAAUGGAGGUGUACGCCGCAGACAUCAAAGUGAGCAGGAGAUAAGCAAAAGGCAAAAAAUCAGGAAAGGACAACCUGAGGAGGCGGAAGUUGCACCAAGGGACAAUGAACCACAUGUAGUACCAAACACGAUUCCCUCUCAACCAAGAAAUCCUUCUAAUCAGUUCCUUGCACCAAAUCAUUUUAUGCAGGGUCCUUAUGUAACUGCUCAUCAAUUUGGACUUGGCACAACCCAAGGUUUUCAUCCCUUGACCCAAUUUGGUCAGGAUUCUCCAGCUUCUGCUUUACAGCAGCAACCAUUCCAUGGCAGUGCCCACUUGACUCAGGGUUACUCGGCUCCUGAUAUACAUGCCCUACAAUUUGUCGGGAGCAAUCCCCAGCUCGACCGCCAGGGUGGUGAUCAAGGGCACUGUGCUAUUCCAGUGUGGGAUUUUCUAUGAUGUCUCUUUCAAUCCUCAAAAUCUUGGUUGGAGGUCUAUUGUAGCAUGGAAGGAAAAGAUUUUCUUGUUUCGAUGUCUGUAAUUUAUCUUGUCACAUCUUCCACCUGACGCAUGCAGGUGAAAUUCUGUACAGCAAACUUCAGAUGUGAGAGGUGCAUAAUCAGCAAGUACUAGGUAUAUUUGGAGCCAAAAACUGAAAAUCAAAAGAUACAGAAAUCAGGGCAUACAGAUCAGUAGGUACCCUCCAGAGUUGUAAGGCUCUGAUUUCCCUUUUCUGCUCGUUAGCCUUUUCCCUUGUAUUUUGUAUACUAAAGAUAAACUUUGUUGUUAAUUCUCCUUGAAGUCAGCAACUUGUAUUUAUUUCCAUGACAAAUAAAUCACAACUCAUAUACCUUGAGAUGUUCAUCUUCACCGACGGAUCACUCAUGGAGGCUGCGUGAUGGUCUAUAUUGUUCAUUCAUUUGGAAAAAGUUCAUUUUGGUGAUUUUUUGUAAUAUGUUGCUUUUGCAUGUGCUUAACUAGAACUACAAGCACCUAUUUUUUU